AUGAAACUGACAGUUAGCUACAAUGGCGCUUGAUGUGAAAUCCAGAGCCAAACGAUACGAGAAACUGGAUUUCCUCGGCGAGGGUCAGUUUGCCACAGUGUACAAAGCCAGAGAUAAAACGACCGACACCAUAGUUGCCAUUAAAAAGAUUAAGGUUGGUCACAGAACUGAAGCUAAAGAUGGUAUCAAUAGGACUGCUCUUCGGGAGAUUAAACUGCUGCAGGAGCUACAUCAUCCAAAUAUUAUUGGGCUGCUUGAUGCCUUUGGACAUAAAUCUAACAUCAGCCUUGUGUUUGACUUCAUGGAAACUGACUUGGAGGUGAUCAUCAAAGACACCAGCCUAGUCCUGACUCCAGCCAACAUCAAAGCCUACAUCCUCAUGACCCUACAAGGAUUAGAGUUUCUGCAUCAACACUGGGUCCUACACAGGGAUCUAAAGCCCAAUAAUCUGCUGCUGGAUGGCAAUGGAGUGUUGAAAUUAGCUGAUUUUGGUUUGGCCAAAUCAUUUGGAAGCCCCAACAGAGUCUACACACAUCAAGUUGUUACCAGGUGGUACCGCUCCCCUGAGCUCCUGUUUGGUGCCAGGAUGUACGGUGUAGGUGUUGACAUGUGGGCAGUGGGAUGCAUCUUGGCAGAGUUACUCCUCCGGAUACCAUUCCUUGCUGGAGACUCAGAUCUUGACCAGCUGACUAAGAUAUUUGAGGCUCUUGGGACCCCCACAGAGGAGACAUGGCCUGGAGUAAGUAGUCUACCAGACUAUGUGUCCUUCAAAAUAUUUCCUGGCACUCCUCUGGAACAUAUAUUUAGUGCCGCUGGAGAUGACUUACUUGAGUUGCUACAGGGACUCUUCACCUUUAACCCUGUGACAAGGACCACAGCCACACAGGCUCUGAAGAUGGGGUACUUCAGUAAUCGACCUGCUCCCACUCCUGGCCCUCAACUUCCCCGACCCAACUGUUCAGCAGAGGCGCUGAGAGAGAAGGAAACAGUCGGUCUCAAGAGGAAAAUUGAAGGCCUGGAAACAACUGUGAUGAAGAAGAAGUUGAUUUUUUGACCAGAUGAGACCUGGUACAACAGAUUACUGUCUUCACAUAACAGCAUGGCUCAGCUUUCCACAUUGCUCAGGAUUGUUGACUGGAAUGGGGGGAAAAAAUAAGUCCAAAACCAGUGGGAGAGAAAAGAUUAAGAUGUGGUUUACUUUAGGUCAGUUUAGAGGUUGUAGCUGCUGUAUGAUAUGGGAAUUGUGCCCAAGGUCACCUCAGUAUCCCAGGUGCUGCUUUGUCCAGCAAUGGAUGUUCAACAGAGACUGCGAGUGGUCAGUAGUGUUGGCUGUCCUUCUUCAUUGUAACAAUGAUGCCUAAACUCUGGGAGCCUGUUGGAAUAUGAUUAUUUAUGUGACUGAAAAAACAUACCAGAAAUGCUGAUUUAUUUCAUGUACAUGUAUUUUUAUUUUUUGUAUGUAAGACC